CGUUGCAGUGAGUUCCUCCGGAGCUUCCUGCCUCUUAAUCUACUUGUUGAUCGGAGCAGGAGGCGGUCUGCGACUUAAACCUUCACUCAAACAGCUACAACAAUGUCGGAAACUGACGGAUAAACGGCGCCAGAAACGCAGCAGCGCAGCCGGCGGUGGAGCACCAUGUUCGGCCUGAGGGAAGCCGCAGUCCUCGGAGCCUCCGCGGUCCUGGCGGGAGGAGUCGCUUAUCUCAUCUGGAACUACGCGUCCUCCUCCGGGCACCAGAAGCCCGACACACGGCCGGGAGAGGACGGAAGGCAUUCCGGAAGAGGAGAGACGGAGGGGAAAAGAGAGGAGACUCCUGUUGAAGAAAUUGUUUCUGCUGCUGAGGCUCCCAAAACAUCACAGUCCUGUUCUGUGGAGUCUCAGGGGACACAGGUUCUGGUUCUGGGCCUGGAUGGAUCUGGGAAGACCAGCCUGCUGCACUGCUUUUCCUCGGGCAGCCCGGAGCAGGACACGGAGCCGACGGAGGGCUUCAACGCCGUCUCCAUCAACAGAGACGACCUGCACAUCGAGUUCCUAGAGAUUGGAGGUAAAGAGGAUCUGCGGCCGUACUGGCAGAGGUACAUGUCCAAAGCUCUGCUGCUGGUGUUCGUGGUCGACUCCUCCGACCCACAGCUCUUCCCGGUUGCUAAGAAACAUUUACACGAGCUGCUGGCCUCACACCCCCGCCUGCCUUUAAUGGUACUGGCCAACAAACAGGAUCUUCCAGGUUCCUGCAGCAUCACUGACCUCCAUGACACCCUGUCUCUGUCCGAUGUUGGGGACCGCCGCUUGUUCCUCAUCGGUACCCACGUGAAGAAGGGCGAGGCGGAGCUGGGCUCAGGCGUUCAGGAUGCUCGGGACCUGAUCGUCCAGAUGGUUUGUGACGGCAGAUAAAGCUCACAGUUGGUGA